UAAAAAAAACAUCGAUAGUCGAAACAUCGAUGUAUAUCCCCCAUUCCUAUCGCAUGCGCUGCAUGCAUGCGCCAUGCCAGCAGGGUGCUGUUUCAUUCAGGGAUCAUCACGGAUUCCGACAUGGCCUUAUCGAAGACGACAAAAGUCGGCAUUGGAUGGACAUUCGCCGUAUUUGGAGGGUUGUACGCUUUUGUCUUGUCCAAACGAUCCAUAGAACGGAAUCGCUAUGAAAUGAUGAAAGCGAGGGAACGUGUACGAAACUCCAACUUUGAAUAGACUGACGGAAAAGUUUGUCAAGGCCUGAGCAAAGUUUAGUUUAUUAUAUAUUGUAAACAUGGCUGGUCUACCGCAGCUUGACGAAGAGAAGCUCAAAUUAGUCCAGGAUCUAGAAAUAGAGAUGAUGACGGACAUGUACAAUCGCAUGACGUCUGCCUGCCAUAGGAAAUGCAUUCCGCCAAAGUACUCUGAGGCAGAGCUCGGCAAGGGUGAAUCGGUUUGCUUGGAUCGAUGCAUCGCCAAGUACUUGGACGUCCACGAGAAAAUCGGCAAGAUGCUCACCCAGAUGACUAUGCAGGAUGCGGACUCUUUACUAAAGCCGAAAGAAAUAGAACAGACUAAAACGGGAUGAAGUUAAAUGACUUCUAUAUUGUUACCUAGUUAGUUGUUUAAAUCCUAAGUAGUUUCCAUAAUAGUGUGACAUAUAAAAUCAAAAUAUAUUUAUGAUGUCAAGUCUAUCUGUUUCGCUAGUUUAAUUUUGAAUUUUCUACAAUUUCUGCACCAUAAGCAGGACUUUCUUCAAAUUCUUCCAAGUCCGUGUACUAUCAUCUAGAAGAAACUAUGCUUUGCUCUGCAACUUGUGUUUCUAUCCGAUUUAAUAAAUAAGAAUUCAAUUAAUUAUCCAUUACUGGAUUAUACUGUUAAUUUGUACUUCUUUGACAUUCAACUGCAAUUAAACUUGAUGAUGAAAUUAA